AAAAUGGCAAACCAAAGGGGCUAGCCCCGCCACCAGUCUCUGUUAUUUCUGCUGCUGCCGUGUCUGAGGACAAGAUGUCCGAAGACUCUCUUGUCGUUACCUGCUCGGUUUCUCAGAAUCUUGACUCUUUUAUACCCACCUAUGCCCUUAUUGAUACCGGAGCCUCUGGAUACGCUUUUAUUGACGAAUCUUUUGUACGCCACAAUAAUCUCACAAUGACCCGCCUUAAAGUACCUCGUCAGGUAGAUGUUAUGGAUGGGAGGCCUAUUGAAUCAGGAACGAUUACCCAUAUUGUUAAUGUGUCGCUGGAUAUCCAUGGUCAUCGGGAAACUGCAUCAUGUUUUGUAACGAAGCUGGGACACUAUCCAAUUGUGAUGGGAAUACCUUGGAUGCGACGUCACGAUGUUACGAUUCGGCCGAAGAAAAAUUUACUUGUUUUUGACUCUCAAAGCUGUUGUCAACACUGUUCACUCAGUGGAACGACAGUCACUGUCCAUGGAAUAUCGGUCCCUCUACCGGAACAUCAUACUGUUGUCGUUUCAGCAGUUGAGAAAUCCACCACCGACGUCAAGCAACUCGUGCCAAAGGAAUUCCACCAUCGCCUUCCCAUGUUUAAAGAAUACGACGCCUCAGUCCUUCCACCUCACCGACCCUCCCAUGACAUUGAAAUAAUUUUGGAAGAGGGUAAACGACCACCGUAUGGACCCAUCUAUGGUCUAUCGCAGACUGAAUUGAAAGCAUUACGGAAAUAUCUUGAUGAGAACUUACCCAAAGGAUUUAUUCGGGCCAGUAAAUCACCGGCGGGAGCACCUAUACUAUUCGUAAAGAAAAGUGAUGGGACUCUCCGGCUAUGUGUGGAUUACCGAGGCCUUAAUGCGAUCACGGUCAAAAAUCGGUAUCCGUUACCACUGUUAAAGGAAACUUUGGCUAAACUUUCGAAGGCACAGUACUAUACUAAGUUGGAUCUACGUUGGGGAUACAAUCAGAUCAGGGUAGCGGAGGGAGAUGAAUGGAAAACGGCAUUUAGAACUCGAUAUGGACAUUUCGAGUAUACAAUAAUGCCGUUCGGAUUAGCCAACGCCCCCGCCACCUUUCAACAUUGGAUUAAUGAUAUCCUACGGCCUUAUCUUGAUCAAUUUGUCACGGCUUAUUUGGAUGAUAUCCUAAUUUAUUCGGAAACUUUGUCAGAAUAUAAGGAUCACGUCCAGAAGGUUUUGAAGGUACUUGAUGAGAAUCAUGUUCACCUUAAACCUGAAAAAUGUGAAUUUAUGGUCCAGGAAACGAAAUAUCUCGGCCUUAUUCUCACCCCGGAUGGGAAUAGGAUGGAUCCGAAGAAAGUUGUUGACGUAUUAGAAUGGUCCACACCAAGGAAUCUCCAUGAUGUUCAGGUAUUUCUGGGAUUUGCAAAUUUCUAUCGACGGUUUAUUUUGAAAUAUUCAAAAAUUGUUGCUCCGCUUACAGCUCUGACUAAGAAAAAUAUCAAAUUCGAAUGGACGGAUGAAAGGGAUGAAGCAUUCCAGACAUUGAAAAAGAUGUUCACAACGGCACCCAUACUAAUGCACUUUGAUCCGGAUCGGAAAAUCGUGGUAGAAACCGAUGCAUCCGACUAUAUUUCUGCUGGAAUCCUGUCCCAACGUGACGACGAAGGAAUUCUACAUCCAGUCGCUUUCUUCUCCAAGAAACAUUGCCCUGCGGAAUGUAACUAUGAGAUCUAUGACAAAGAACUCCUAGCAGUCCGACCAUCGGAACCUCGAAUAUUUCAUGUCAACAAAGUUAUUAAACCGUCGACAAGCCCGUUGGUCGGAAUUUCUUUCACGUUUCGAUUUGUCAUUCAAUUUAGACCAGGAAAACAAGGGGCGAAACCAGAUGCAUUAACUAGGAGGUCGGGUGACCUGCCUAAAGAAGGGGAUGAGCGGUUGACCCAUCAGAGUCAAGUGGUGUUGAAGCGAAAAAAUUUAGAUGCAAAGCUAAGUUUGUUCACGGGUUCUUUUUCAAAUGAAUCCGCUGAAGGAAUGUCCACUGUAGAAGAGUUGUUUUUAAAUGCUUACCAAGUUGACAGUUUCCCGAACAAAGUCCUUGCAAUGCUUCGGAAUGGCGUCCGUUACUCGAAUAAGAUUUCGCUUGCCGAAUGCACGGAAGACAAUAACGGUCGGCUACUUUAUCGUGGCGCACUCUAUGUACUAAAUGACAACGAUCUUCGGCUAAGACUCCUAAAGGAACAUCAUGAUAAACCAUCGGCAGGCCAUCCAGGCAGAGCGAAGACUUUGGAACUCCUGAAUCGAGAGUACUACUGGCCACAGAUGCGAAAAUAUGUCGACCAGUACAUUAGGAAUUGCAAUGUGUGUGCCCGUAGUAAGGCACCACGCAAUGCAGCUUAUGGGGUACUUCGACCUAUGCCAAUACCCGAUGGACCAUGGAGGGAUGUAUCGAUGGAUUUCGUUACUGAUCUUCCGGAAAGCGAUGGAUAUAAUGCGAUAUUGGUGAUAGUGGAUCGACUAACCAAGAUGCGACAUCUGAUUCCCACAACUAAAGAGGCGGAUUCAAAAGAAGUAGCGAGGUUGUAUAUCGAUAAUGUUUAG